AUGAACCUAAAAUCAGCAGCUGUUUACCUGACAAUGUGUGUCUUUACAAUCACAGGACAAAACUUAGAGGAGGCGAAACUAUUACAUUCCGAUCUGUUGAAGGACUACAAACCAAGUGUCCGACCAGUUCUUAACCAAUCAGAAUCGUUACAUGUAAAUGUGACAUUUUAUUUAACUUCAUUUAAUUCAUUCAACCAGGUUGACGAAACAAUAUCUCUAACAAUGGGAACAACACUUACAUGGAAAGAUCCUUCUUUAGUUUGGGACCCUGCUUCAUAUGGAAACAUUACGUCGACAACCCUUGAUUCGAUCAAUAUAUGGACACCAUUAAUCUUCUUGUUAAAUAGUGCAGAAAACUUGAAUACAAUUGGCAGUGAUGCAAAAUAUCCAUGUACUGUGUUUUAUACGGGAAUGGUGAUACAUCCUCCUGGUGGCCUAAUUUCAGCAAAAUGUCCAACGGACGUUUCGAAAUUUCCAUUUGAUACUCAAACCUGUACAUUAAUAAUUAUUCCCUGGGGUAUGUCAUCAUCACAAGUUACCUUAACAUCAGUUUACAGUGAGGCACAGCUAGGCUUCUACACGCCACAUGCUGACUGGACCUUACUAGAGAGGAAAACUAGCGUUGGACUGUCAGAUGGCAAUUAUUCUGCAUUUUAUCUCAAUAUGAAAUUCCAAAGACAGUCAUUAUAUUUUAAUAUACUAAUUAUUAUACCAACUUUACUGUUUGCGUCAUUAAAUCCGUUAGUGUUUGUCCUUCCAGUGGACUCAGGCGAAAGAGUUUCGCUCGCCAUGACCAUCUUACUAUCUUAUGUAAUAUUCCUAACGCUUGUGUCUGGAUCUAUCCCUGCAACCUCAAAUCCGAUGUGUGCUUUACUUCUUAUAAUGAUUGUUAUUAUUUCAAUAAGUGGAUUGAUUGUUAUUGGUACCAUUUAUAGUGCAAAAUAUUAUUAUCUUCACACGGAUGAACAUAUGGGAUUUCUACCGAUAUUUUUCGCAAAGCGAUUAAUAUUACGAAGAGGUAAGAUCGUUCCAAAUGUAGAUGAACAGGAAUAUGUUAUUACCGGUAAAGAUGCAUCACGAGCUCUGGAUACUGUAUUUUUCUUUUCUACAUAUUCUGCAAUUAUCAUUUGUGUUAUUUGUUACUUUAUCUAUGUUUCUUUCUGA